AGUUGUUCGAGGAAUUAAAUCUAUUUGGCCUUGGGCGAAUCAAUCUAUCAAACAGGACAUUCCUAUAAAGAAUGUACCUACUAUUAAUGUUGAUGGUCCAAGUUCUCAAUCUAGUGAUUCUACAGUUGAUGAAUCUGAUCAGAUUAUCAGAUUAAGAAAAAGCCGAAUGACUGCUGAAGUCAAUGAAAAAAAUAUAUCGUCAUCAUCUAUACAGAGAAUAAAUCCUUCAACACCGCCAAACGGAGAAGCUAUUAAACACAUAGCAAGGCUUCAAUAUCCUAUGUUACCUGAAACUAG